ACAGAAUGGGAGGGUACCAGGAGGUCCGGGGAAAGAUUAAAAGCGGCCACGGCGGUGAAGCAGAGGCACACCAGCAAAGACGGGGAGAGAGGAAGGACGCCAAAGUGACAGAUCUAAAAAGUCAGAGUCGAAGAAGACAAAUUGCAGGAGGAGCGCUGGCACCAUCAAGAAGACACAAGACUAAAGGCAAGAGGCAAGAGGCAGAGAGACAACUGAGCUGGGACCAAAGGUAAGAGGAAAGACCAAAAAAAAUGCACACUUUCCUGCUUCUGGGCUGCGUCGUCUUUGCCACCUCAAAGUACUUCCUUGGCUCCGCCCUCAUGAUGACCGACGACAGGCUGUCCACCAACAUGUUGACCGUGUCCAACGGCCUCACGCAAAGCAGCGGCGUCAGCUCACAACCGCCAGUUGUCAUUGUAGAGCUGGCAAAACCAGGAAAGAAGAAGAAGACAAAGAAGGUGAAAAAGAACAAGAUCAGCAGGAGGCGCCCUCCACCACCCGCUGGCUGCGUUCCACUGUUGGGGAGCUGUAAAACUGCAGGGAACGUUUGCUGCAACUUCUGCGCCUUCUGCCACUGUCGCAUCUUCAGAACGGUCUGUUACUGCCGGAUGGGCAACCCUCGCUGCUGAGCGGCCGACGAGUCCGUGUGGACGCCGCCGGACGCCGCCGGAUCGGUGGUCGGAGAGCUCACCUCAACUUCCCAGCAUGAAUGCACUUUAAGACAAAGAGACUGCAGCAGCCCCACAAGGAGCAUGGAACAACUCAUCAAAGACACUUUAGCAUGCAUGUCUACGAGAUAUUAUUUUCAUAAACGCCUCAGGCGCAUAUGUACCGCUUAUCAAAUACCAUAUGAAUAAAAUAUACGCAAUAUCAUACUGGGGUGUUGAGUAUGUGGAGGAUGUAGCGAGUGCUAGCUAGAAGUCAUUUCUCCUAGGAUAGGCAUCCUUCUCCAGCUGUGUUACUUUACUACUUUAUUGCUUUUACUGCUACUUUUGCAUGCAGUUUACAGUGUUACAUGCAGAAAGCAAUACUAAAUAAUUAUAAGUAAGGAAUGAAUGGAACUUAUUGUUGUUGUGGAUUCAAUUGCUGACACACGCAACUUUGUUUGGCCUCAAGGCAGGGUUAUUUAGCAGUCACUCAAUAAAAAAUGCACGGACGGUGCGUCAGCAAUGCGUAGGGUGCUUUUUUUGGGCACCUCAUUGAGUGGAAUGAGACAGUAGAGGGCAAACAUAGUCGUUUGCUGCAUGUAAUGUUGUAUGAAAACUGAGACUGUACAAAAACCAUGGCAAAAUGGUACAAAAAACUAUAUCAUAUAUAAACUUUUUUUUUUAAUAUAUAAGAUGAAAACCAUUUGUGGUCUUUUUAUUUUUAUAUGAAGUACAUGCACUCUAUCCUUCUCCGGGAAAAGCUCUGAUACUUACAAGUUUAUACAUGUACAAGUGUAAAUACAUAUCAUCUUCUGCUCUCUUGAAAGUCCACUUUGUAGACGUUUUUGAGCUUCAAUACA